AUGUCCUUUGCUGAAAGUUUUUGGACACCAGACUAUGAGCUGGGAUUUCAGCAACUAUUUCUCCAAUUGAAUCAAGGGAUCUUGGAGAACAAUGACUUUGUUCGUUUGAUCGAAAGACGAAUGGAACUGGAAGUGGUCUAUGGGAACUCGUUGGAGACAAUCACCACAGACUGUAAGCCACUCAAUAAGAGACAAUUGAACGAAGACUUUGUGUCCACCAUCAAAAACGCAUACACCAAGAUGAAUGAGACUUUUUACAAACAAGGGGAAUACCAUUUGAACAUUGCCGACAACAUUGAAACCAUUGUUCUCCAACCAUUUAGCAAAUGGUGUACCGAGCACGAGCAAAGAGUCAAGUUUUCUGAAUUCACUUUGCAAGACAAAUUAAAGGCAUUGAAAAAUGCUCAGUAUCUGGUGGAAAAGUUGCAAAAGAAAUAUUUCAACAAAUGUCGAAUGUUGGAGGAGUUCAAGUCCCACUAUACUGAAGAAGAAUUGCAAGAGGAGUUAAACGAUUUGUCAUUUCAAAAAGAUCGAGCUGCCAAAACCAAUACUGAUGGGAGCAAAGAGGAAGACGACAAUGAUACUGCAGACGAAGAAAUCUAUGAGUUCACACAUGCUAAAUACGACACCAAACAGAUGAAGGCGUUGCUCAAGGCAAUGCUUACAGAAGUCCCCAUGGGUCCACACAAGGUGGCAAUUUUAGGUACCUAUCAAAAUGUUUCUACUGGGAGCAACAUCACCAAAUGGUUGCUAGAGAACAUGCCGGAGUUCAACAAGAAUUUGGACAAGGCUGAAGUUUUUGGGCAAGAUUUAGUUCGAAAUGACUUUAUUAGAAUUGUUGGUUCAAUGGGAAAGUCUUUCAUUAAUUCUUCUCAGUUUUAUUACCAGUGGAAACCCAUUGCAUUUACCAUUUCUGGUGUCGAAAAUGAAUAUGUCAUCACGGACACAUCGUUGGCAAAGUCAUUUACAUUCAAGUUUGAUGAUGUCAAGGAGGCUAUAGGGGUGAACACUGUUGACUUCAACGACAAGUCACAACUAUCAAAGUUAAUUAACGAAGUCAACCAGUUGGAUACCCAGUACUAUGCACAAGUUGUUGAGUUGGAUAAAUUGAGGUGUGAGUACGAGGAGUUGGCAAUGGACCAUUUGACAUUCAUGCAGAAAUGCGAGUUGGAUAGAUUGAAGGCCAUCAAGAAAGUGACAUUUGAUUUUCUUUCCAGUUUUGCCAAUAAGAUAAGCAGUUUAAAGACAAUAAGUGACGACUUGGUGUUGUUGGAAGAGACAAUCAAUCCUGUGAACGACUUGAAGUUCUUGAUUGAAAACUACGGGACAGGGAGAUUUAAGCCUAAGGUGGUCUUAUAUGACAACUACUACGAUUCAAAUAUCAAUCAGACAUUUGGUGUUGACUUGAGUGUCAAAUCCAGAUUGGAUAAAAAAGUUGUUCCGUACAUUAUUCAGUGCAUCUUGAGUCAAUUGGACAGUGUGUAUCCCGAUUUGAAAAACGAUGAGGAGAGAAUCAACCUUUGGACUCAGCCGGUGCAUCUUUCGAAUGUGCAUAAAUUGAGGUCGCAGUUGAACGGAGUGCAAGACCCUAAUGAGAUCAUGUCCAUCUUGAAAGAGUCGCAUCCGUUGCUUAUAACCAAUAUCUUAAAGUUAUACUUUAUGGAGUUGCCAGACUCGAUCAUUCCAUACAACAACUACGAUGUGAUCAAAUUACUCUAUACAAACUACCAUGACGAAUCCCAAACAAAAUCGAGAGUCAAUGGAUUACAAAAUGUUUUGUCAGAGUUGCCAAAAUGCAAUUUAGCAACGUUGGAUGCCAUAUUGACGCACUUGAGCAGAUUAGUGAGUAUUGUUGGUACUCAAGACAAAGAUUUGGCAGGUGGAUUUCAACGCAAAUUGAGCAAGGAGUUUGGAUCUUUGGUUUUGAGACCAAAAACUGAUGGUUUGAACAGUUCCGAAAGCAGUUACUUGAACGAUAGAUUCCAGGUCACGUUAAUGGAUGACUUAUUCGAGAACAAGCAAAGUAUAUUUAAUGAGUUGAGAAGACAAAGUUCCACCAGGUCAGCCGUGGCCAGUGUAUCGCCAAGUGUUUCUCGAAACAGCAGUUUGACACGCAGUGAAUCGAUCAAGUCAAACAAGGGACACAAUGCAGCAGCGAUUGCAAAGUCGAAAUCGAGGUUGGAAUCCAGGUUACAAAGUGCGGUGAAGAAUCAAACUAAAACACUGGAGCCACAACAGAAAACAGAUGCUGAUGAAUUUUAUGAUGCUGAAGCGUCGCCAACCCCUUCAAGACUGGGCACUCAGUCGUCAUCACUGGGAUUGAAAAGAUCAAACUCUCCCAAGAAAAAGAAAUGGACCGUUGUAUCCAAGGAAGAGAGCAAAGAAGGGAACGAAAAAUCAAAGAAAAUUACAUCCACGCCAGUUACUUACCGUCCCUCUAAUGACAUUAUUUACGAUAAAUCACCCAGCAACCAGUCAUUAAAUGAUCUUUCAUCAACCCCACCACCUAAAUUUGCACCUAGUUUGGGCAGAAAAUCGUCAGUUAAAGACUUGGCCAAGAGUUUUGAAAAUGGGUCAACUGAAGAUUUGCAAGAACCAUCAUCUCGUUCAAGAUCAUCAUCCCCAACAAAGGCAAAGUGA